GGGUCUGGGGACCCGAGACAGAGUUCGAGACCCCGGAGGGGAGGCAAGGUUGGGGCAGUAUUUUCAAUUGGAGGGAGUUCGAAACUGGGACGUGGGGCGUUUGAAGAAGCGAGAGAACAGAGGGGAGGAACUUUUGAGAUGGGGAACCUGGAGAUUCGAUUCCACUUGGGUCUUCGGGACAGGAUGAAUUCGGGGCGUUAUCGUGUUCUUGGAAAAGGGCAUCAUGGUGGGAGGCUUGAAGCGGAAACACUCUGAUUUAGAGGAGGAGGAGGAGGAGAGGUGGGAGUGGAGUUCAGCAGGCCUUCGGAACUACCAGCAAGCCCUGCUCCGCAUCUCCCUAGAGAAAGUCCAGCACAGCCUGGGCCCCCGAGCACCCAGCCUCCGCAGGCAUGUCCUCAUCCACAACACCCUCCAGCAACUGCAGGCCGCACUUCCCCUGGCUCCUGCCCCUGCCCUGCCCCCUGAGCCCCUCUUCCUGGGUGAGGAGGAUUUCUCCCUGUCGGCCACCAUUGGCUCUAUCCUCAGGGAACUGGAGACCUCCAUGGAUGAAACUGAGCCUCCUCAGAAUCCAGUGGCUCCCUUGAGCCUCCAGAAUGAAGUGCCACCCCAGCCUGAUCCAGUCUUCUUAGAAGCUCUAAGCUCCCGGUACUUGGGGGACUCUGGUCUGGACGACUUCUUUCUGGACAUUGAUACAUCUGUGGUGGAAAAGGAGCCUGCACGGGCCCCACCGGAGCCUCCUCACAAUCUCUUCUGUGCCCCAGGUUCCUGGGAGUGGAAUGAACUGGAUCACAUCAUGGAAAUCAUCCUGGGAUCCUAAAACUGUGAUGCAGGGGAUCCUUCCUGUGUCAUCUUCAGGGGGCCUGGAUCCUUGAAUGCAACUCUGGGUGUGUUUUUGUGGGGGCUCUAAGCAUUGACUAUGGCCUCCUUUCCUCCCAUUUCAGGGUUCUACAAACUGUCUUGCGUGUGUGUGUGUGUGUGUGUGUGUGUGUGUGUGUGUCUGGUUACCCCGGCCUUCUGUGAAGGUGGGUCUUCUUGAGUUAAUUUAUCUGUUCCAAAUGCCUUAAUGAGACUCUUCCUGGGAGUCUGAUUUUCCACUUACACAUUUCUUCCGCCUUUCCCGCUCGUUCCCGCUCCCCUGUGACCACUGGGGCCUCAGGGAAGAUAAAGCUGGGCCUGUAGAAGGAUGGCAGGGAUGUGCUGCCCGGACGCUGUAGAAACCCAGGCUCGGCCUCUUGCACCUUGAGGGGUGGGAGGGGCUGGUCUCCUCCCUCCAGGCUGAACCCUACUUUCUUGGCAGGACCCCAGUCUCAGUAGCCUCCUGAUUUCAGAGCCUGGCCGGACCACGUGCAAUAGGGUGGAAACCAAACUGCUCCAUGCCACGUUAUUUAAAAAGAAAGGCAGAAUUUGUGGUGGGUUAUUUUUAUUGUUUGUAAUUUUUUUAAUAAAAGUAUUUUGGAAGGAG